GGGGGAAAAAAAGUUUGCGCCUGUUGACAACUCAUAUGGUUCCUGUUGAGGAAUGUGUUUGUUGUCGGAAGCUGUUCACGCCAACACUUUGACAGUGUAACUUUUUUAGCCAGCAGCGCGACAUGUCCGCGUACUCUGUGACACUUGUUUAACGUUUUGUCGUGAGUGAACACGGCGACAAUGGACUACAUUUAUUCUAUCACGGGCAGCGGCGCCAGAGUUGUCAGAGACGCCAUCUCUCACGGACUGUGGUCCGGGUCGGAACCCCAGGACACGGAUAAGCUCCAGCAGCAGCAGCAGCACCACCAGCACCACCACGCAGGACCACAACAUGACAGCGUGUUCACGGUUUACAGAGCAGAUACCGGCCAGAAGAAGACCCCGGAGAAGAAGGAUGGGAGGCGCAUGUCGUUUCAGAGACCUAAAGGGACCAUCGAAUAUUCUGUGGAAUCACGGGACACGCUGAACAGCAUUGCGCUCAAGUUUGACACCACACCCAACGAGCUGGUUCAGCUGAACAAGCUGUUCUCCAGAGCAGUGGUGCCUGGCCAGGUUCUGUAUGUUCCUGAUCCCGAGUACGUGUCCAGUGUCGGAAGCUCCCCUUCCCUCAGUCCCAUCAGCCCCCUGUCACCCACCUCCUCAGAAGCUGAUUUAGAGAAAGUGACGGACUCUGAUGGCCCCCCCAGACCAGAAGGAGUUCACCCUCCAAUCUUCUCCACCCUGCGCAAGUCCAGAGUGGUGUCAUCCACCUCCGAGGAGGAAGAAGCCCUCACGGAGAAGUUCCUCAAGAUCAACUGCAAGUACAUCACUGAUGGAAAGGGUGCAGUGAGCGGGGUGUUGCUGGUGACACCCAACAACAUCAUGUUCGACCCUCACCGUAUGGAUCCCUUGGUUCAGGCCCACGGCUGUGAGGAGUACGGCAUCAUGUGUCCUCUGGAGGAAGUGCAGUCCGCUGCCAUCUACAAGGAAAUCACCGACCCCAAGAUCAGAGAGACCGUCCCUGAUGACCUGGAGCCUCUGCCAGCUGAGAGACAUCCUUCCCAGCAGAAGGACCCAGAGCAUCGCCUGAGGGAGCCAGGGGCCAAUGACAGCGCCAGCACGGCCCCACGCAGCACUGAAGGCUCCUUCUCUGAGGACGUCUUCACUGAAUCUGAGCUUUCCCCCAUACGUGAGGAGGAGCAAACGUCUAAUGAGGACCUCCGCCUUGACAAGUCCUCUGGCGCUUCCACGGAGUCUGUGCAAACUGUCACCCAGAUGGAAGCUGCUGGCACCGGUAACUUGGCCGCAGGCAUUGCCCGCGGCUCAGUCAGCCAGCCAGAGGAUCUCCCCAUGGUAAAAGCAGAGGACAAUCCACCGGACACUGCCACAGAAAUUAAUAGCCCGUCCCCCGUGGGGUCCAAGCAGCACAGUGUAGAGAAGCCACUAAGCACACCCACUACCACCACCACCACCACCACCAGCAGCAGCAGCACUAGCCAGGCCCAGUGUCCAAGCAGCAGCUCCUCUCGCCCGGGCUCCCAGAGCUCAGCCACCCCUGGUGCCACAGACACCACUGCUGUCUCAGCCAGUCCACAAGGGGAUGUCAGUGAGGGGAGAGACAUCUCCAAAACAGACACUAUGCAAGGCAAGGAGGAGAACGUAGAGGAGACACAAAAGGACGGCACAGGGAACUCUGCAGAGGGUACAGGGUCAGCGGAGAGCCGGAAGCACCGCUCCCACAAGUUCUUGUGUCUGCGGGUGGGGAAGCCCAUGAAGAAGACGUUUGUUUCCAAUGCCAGCGCCUCCAUGCAGCAGUAUGCCCAGCAGGGCAAAAAGCAUGAGUACUGGUUUGCUGUCCCACGGGAAAGGUCAGACCACCUGUACGUAUUCUUCAUGCAGUGGAGUCCAGACAUGUUCAGUGAGGGAGUCGGGGGCGUGGGACAAGAGCCCGGCUUUAUGGUCGUCAAGAAGAAUGAGGUGUCUGAGAUGGAAAAGGAUGAGCCCAUCACUGACCUUAAUGUCAAGGAGUGGGAGGUAGUGUCUCUGACGGAGUACCACCGUCGGAUUGACGCUCUAAACAGUGAAGAUCUGCGCUCACUCUGCAAACGACUCCAGAUCACCACCAAGGAGGAGGUGAACUCCAAACAUGGCACGUCCAUUAAGACGGAUCUAGAGCCAGAAACCUUCAAACCCAAUCUCAGAGAACCCAGUGACCUACUGGAGGCUGACCAGAUAGAGAAGCUUGCCAGGAAUCUCCCACCGCGGACCAUUGGGUACCCAUGGACGCUGGCCUUUGGCACAUCAAAGCAUGGCAUGAGCAUUAAGACGCUGUACAGAGCCAUGCAGGGCCAGGACACCCCGGUGCUCAUGGUCAUUAAGGACAGCGACGGCCAGGUAUUUGGUGCACUGGCAUCCGAGCCCUUUAAGGUCAGCGAUGGUUUUUAUGGCACAGGAGAGACCUUCCUCUUCACCUUCAACCCAGAGUUUGAGGUGUACAAAUGGACAGGUGAUAACAUGUUCUUCAUCAAGGGAGACAUGGACUCCUUAGCAUUUGGUGGAGGAAGCGGAGAGUUUGGCCUGUGGCUGGAUGGAGACCUUUACCACGGCAGAAGUCACUCCUGUAAAACAUUUGGGAAUCCCAUGCUCUCAAAAAAGGAGGAUUUCUAUGUGCAGGACAUAGAGAUCUGGGCGUUUGAAUAACAAGACAGUUCAUCACAGGGAAAAAAACAAGUCCUGUAAAGGGCAAAGUGAGGAGUUCUCCUUUAGAACAAUGGCAGUGUCCCAAACCUAACUGCACAUCACCGGGCUCUCCAGGCCGGAAGCCAGCUAUCGGAUGCUUGUUGUGCAUUACUACUGCAGUUAUUACAGAGCUUUUUUUUUUCUUUUGUGAAAAAUUACGUUUGUGUGUAUCUUGUUACAGCCUUGUGCAGCGUCUUUACAGAACAGUGGGGUAAAGCAGCGACGGUGGUGGUGGUGGUGGUGAGAGCACUGUGAGAUGAGGUUGUAUCAGAAAGUUGAGUAGAGGGAAACGGGAGAAAGUAGCACCAGACGUUGAAGAGGGAUAGAUCAUCGACGCUCCUCCUGAAAUGAGAGGGGGUGAAGAUGAUGGCCACUGAGGUUUGGGACUUGUGCGACUACAGAGAACUCGCCUACUGCUGCAGGUUGUGUAUCUGAACUUCACAGAUCCUCAAGGAGUCCGUCCCCCAACCCCCACCCCACCCCGGCACCUUCACAGAUCCCAUCUAGAACUCUGCUCAUUUGGUAGGAUGUAACUCACUGUGCUGUCAGCGUGGACGGAGAGAGACUCAUUCAUAGGCGGAGAAAAGCAGACAAAACAUCGAUCACAUUCCAUUACUCUUGGUGAUGGUGGUGGUGUGUGAAAACUAAAGUUGUGAUUUGUGGUCAAACACCAGUAUACAAAAAAAAAACACAUCAGCAGCAGGAUACGAUGACUCUUAACUCGGAGAUGAGAGCAUAUUCACCACUGGGAUGGGGGCUUAGUCUUUUCACACUAUAGUACAGUUUUGGGUUUGUCUUCUGAGGCUAAACUUCUAGAGUAUCGUGUAUUGUAGUCCUCCUGUUGUUCACUGUCAUAGCACAUCAUCUGAAAGCACAUCGCUAUAAUCAGACCACCCAUCGUCGUAAUGUUCUGUUCAGUGGGUGUACGUGUGAGUCCAGCUCAUGGCGGUCCCUCUCGCAGGGAGCGCCCGCUGUACUGUUCGUAGACCGUAACGUGUUGCAAUAGAUUUGUGGAAUAUGCAAAUAACCUGUCCUGUGACCUCAAACACCUGCAGGUUCGCGGCACUUUCGCCGCCUUCCGCUGCUCUUUCAAGGGAGAAACUUGUAAAGCUUUUACGUCUUGAUACACAAUUGCUUUUCCGGGUAUCGUUUGGAAAGCCUGAGACGUGGGUUAACUGUUUUACAUGCAUAUAUGACAAUUAUAUAAUGGUAUAUAUGAUUAUAUAUAUAUAUGGAGUUAUAUAAUCAUAUAUAUUUUGCUGUUAAGUGUGACAGUGACCUAUUUGUGCUGAUAUUUCAGCUGUUACAAUAUAAUGUAUAUUACCUUGUAAAUUAAUGUUAAAAUAGUUCCUCGUAUAUACAUAUAUGUGCGUGCACAUGCACACAUAUGUAUAUAUGAAACACAUAAUGCUAUAUAAAUAUAUAUAAAUAUAUAUAUAUAUAUAAUAAAAGUGUGGAUUGGUGGGUUGCUUCUAGCACUUUAAUCUGGUGUAAAAGCGUUAAAACCAGGUUCCUAGAUUCUCUUAGCAGUAGCUGUACAGUAGUUUCUUUGUUUUUGUUUAGAUCAUUACGAUGUUAACUGUUAGUAGAAAGCUUGCUGCUACCAAUAUCAAUAAGGGUUUGCCCUGACGCUCUGCGCGUCGGACGAGGAUGCUGAUGUAGGAAGGCAGGGGGGUGGGGGUGGUUGGUUGACCAUGGUUGAACACGGUUGAACACACGGCAGAAGGUUUCGGUGUCUCCCCUCAUUAUGUGCCGUCAACUGAGUCUCCGUAGGUUCAGGUAGGUAUGAAGGUAGACUGAGCCCUGAUGGCCACAUGACAUUGUAUGUCCAGUACUUACACUCCCCCCCUCUUUCUGGUCUUCCACACCAGUAUUUGUGUCCUUGUGGAGAGUCACAAAGAAUAAUAUGGAUAAUUCUUCCAAUUAUUUCACCAGAAUACAAUGUAUCAGUGAUGUAUAAAUAACAAUAAAGCAGAAUUAAUUGUUGUAA